UGUAAGGCAGAAAUAGUGAGGAAGGGUUGGGGUGCAACACAAAGCUCCCAGUGCCUACCUACUUUUCCCAGCCAAGCUUGAGAAACUGAGACCAUCCUCAACCCAGCCCAAGCACGGGACAGAGGAGAGGACUUGAUGUGAGAAAAUGUGGCACGACUGCUGUCUCCGUCUGACAGGAGGGAUCUGGAUGCUGUUGUUGCUGCUAGCUGCAGCUUUUGCCAUGGAGUGCCCCAAGAUCAAGGUGGGGACGUGCCAGGACUGCAUCCGCUCUGGUCCCGGCUGUGCCUGGUGCAAGAAGCUGGAUUUCACCAAAGCCGGUGAGCCAGACUCCAUCCGCUGCGACACCAUCGAGCAGCUGAAGCUGAGGGGAUGCCCGCAGGAUGAGAUUGAGUUUCCAGUCAGCAACAUUACGAGAACACAGGACAGUCCCUUAAGCAACGACAUACAGCUGACUCCCCAGGAGGUGCACCUGAAACUGAGGAUAGGUCAGCCCGCUGUGUUUGAGGUGAAGUUUCGCCGCGCCAUGGGGUACCCUAUUGAUCUCUACUACCUGAUGGAUCUCUCGUACUCCAUGCUGGAUGACUUGGAGAAAGUGAAGAAGCUGGGUGGGGAGCUGCUCAGGGCACUGGAGAGCACGACACCUUCCCGCCGCAUUGGGUUUGGCUCCUUUGUGGACAAAACGGUGCUGCCCUUUGUGAACACACACCCUGAGAAGCUGCAGAAUCCCUGCCCCAACAAGGACACGCAGUGCCAGCCUCCUUUUGCCUUCAAGCACAUCCUCUCACUGACCGACGAUGCCAAGAAGUUUGAGAGCGAAGUGGGGAAGCAGUUCAUCUCAGGGAACCUGGACGCCCCGGAGGGGGGGCUGGAUGCCAUGAUGCAGGCAGCGGUGUGCGGAGACUUGAUCGGCUGGCGCAACGUGACCCGUUUGCUGGUGUAUGCUACCGAUGACGGCUUCCACUUCGCAGGCGACGGCAAGCUCGCGGCCAUCCUGACCCCCAACGAUGGCCAGUGCCACUUGGAGGACAACAUGUACAAAAAGAGCAAUGAGUUUGACUACCCAUCUGUUGGCCAACUGAUCCAGAAACUUACUGAAAACAACAUUCAGCCUAUUUUUGCUGUCACCAGUAAGAUGGUGGAUGUGUACAAGAAACUCAGUGAGAUGAUCCCAAAGUCGGCAGUAGGAGAGCUGAAUGAGGACUCCAGCAACAUCAUUGAGCUCAUCCAGGAGGCCUACAAUAACCUCUCGUCACAGAUCAUCCUGGACCACUCAACCCUACCAGAUGUCCUUGAUGUCAAAUACGACUCCAUGUGCGUUAAGGGCAAGGUCAGCUUGGACAAAGCGAAAGGGCAGUGUGACAAUGUCAAGAUCAACGAUGAGAUCACCUUUAAAGUGAAGGUCACAGCCAAGGAGUGCAUCCAAAGCCAAUCCUUCACCAUCCGACCCCUGGGCUUCACAGACACCCUCACCGUCUACCUGGACAGCAACUGCAACUGCAACUGCAGUGAUCAGCCCGACCCAGCUGCUUGCAGUGGGAAAGGCACCGUCAUCUGUGGGAUCUGCAACUGCAAUUCAGGCUACAUGGGGAAGAACUGUGAGUGUGAAACCAAAGGCAAGACCAGCAAGGAGCUGGAGGGCAGCUGCCGGAAGGACAACAGCUCAGUCCUCUGCUCGGGGCUGGGGGACUGUGUCUGCGGGCAGUGCAUCUGCCACGCCAGUGACGAGCCCGACAAGCACAUCUAUGGCACCUACUGCGAGUGUGACAACGUGAACUGCGAGUUUCACAACGGCUUACCCUGUGGUGGCAAAGAGCGUGGGACGUGCGACUGCGGCGAGUGCAAGUGCACACCCGAGUACCAGGGCAGCGCCUGCCAGUGCAAGAAAUCCACGGACGGCUGCGUGAACGCCCGUGGCAACGAGUGCAGCCUCCGCGGGACCUGCCACUGCAACAGCUGCCAGUGCCGGGGGGGAUACCUGCCUCCCCUCUGCUCCGAGUGCCCUAGCUGCGACUCACCCUGCGGCAGAUACGUCUCCUGUGUGGAGUGCAUGGCCUUCUCAAGCGGCCCCUUUGAGAAGAACUGCUCACAGGCCUGCUCCAAAAUCCAGCUGGAGGAGAAGCUGACAAGGGUGGGCAGGAAAUGCAGGGAGAAGGACUCCCAGAAUUGCUGGCUGUCCUUCCAGAUGGUCCAGGAGGAUGGUGAGGAGGUGUACACCAUCAGUGUCAACCCUGAAAAAGAGUGCCCGGAGCCUCCCAACGUCGCAGUGAUCGUGGGAGCCACUGUCGCCGGUGUGGUCCUCAUCGGCCUGUUGCUCCUUCUGAUCUGGCGGCUCUUGACAGAGCUGUUUGACCGCCGGGAAUACCGCCGGUUCGAGAAGGAGAGGUCCAAGGCCAAGUGGAAUGAUGCUGAUAACCCUCUCUUCAAGAGUGCUACCACCACCGUCGUGAACCCCAGGUUCAACGGACAAUGACGAGGAGCAACACCUGGGGUGCCAGGACCCACCAGGAAAUACAGGAAUGCCAAGCUAAGGAAAUCUCAAACCAAGACUUCCACCUCCUCCUUUUUACCCUGCUGGUUUGUUCCCUUCUUCCAAGAGGCCACCAGCACUUCAGGCACUGGCUGAGGGGCUGUACCAGACUGGCUGGGUUAGUGGGGCUGGGAGAAGGGAACAGCCCCAGCUUUGCCACAGAUGGGAGUGCAGAGCAGCUCUCACCGUGGGGCACAGGCAAAGGCCCCUGUCCUGGUUACUGACUGUCUCAGCUCUUGAUGCUAACUUUGCUUUCCGGAAGCUUUGGCCACCAAGUCCCCAAACCAGCUGAGUGCACAGAGUGCUUCCAGCUUUGAUUUGGAGCUGGGAUUUUAAAUCUGCCAUUUUCCCUCUGCUCUAGCCGGAUCUGCUCCCAAGCUGCUCCGUGCCUUCCCCUGCUGCACUGCUCUCCACCAGUGUGUUUGCAGUUCUUCCUAAAGCACUCGCUGUGGAGCCAGACAUGUAGAGUUCUCCAGGCUGGUGAAGAGGAGCUGCAGAUGUGGAGGCUGCAGUGAGAUGACAGGCCCUAAGGGCUACUGAGCACCCGUGCCUGCAGAGAAAGAGCAGCCUGGGAACACACACUGAAUCUUUUUCCUAAAUCAUCAAUUGCUUCCUGGUGCCCCUCUUCCCUCAGACCUACCUCAGGCAAAGGUCUGCGUGGGCUCCUGCAAGUUUGGCUUACAUCUGCUAGGCCUUGAGCCCUCUGCAUGACAAGGAGGCAAAGGACCAACUGUUUGAACUAUGAAACAUUUGCCCCAGGCACAUGAAGGAUUGCCUGCUGCUUAGAGCUACAGCUUCUUCCAGCCCCUCAGAGCUCAAUCUCUUCCCUGCUCUGCCAGUGCAUCAGAUGACCUGGCAGCAUUGGCGGCAUCAGCUCAGCACUUUCCCCAAAACCAAGCACAGCAGCUAAUUACUCUUACAUUGUGAGGUCGUUCCUGUGAAAUAGUAGCACAGUUCCGUUUGCCUUAAAUUUGGGAAUAAUUUGCAUAAAACUGUAUCAUGUCACAUCUUCAUUUGCUCUCUGAAGAGGUGUAACAUUAAUAAAAAUUAAUAUAUAAAGUAAA